UUUUCCCUUUCUUUUCCCAUUUUAUUUAUUUAUUUAUUACAAUAUGAUGGACUUUACAAAAAUAGGAAAUCAAUCUAUUAAGAUAUCUUCAGGUUCAAUAAACACGAAUUCAUGCAGCAGUGCUGCCAGUUCCAUUACUAGCUGCACUACCAGUUCUAUUAUCAGCUCAGAUUCAAUAUCCUGUUCAGAUUCCUACAGUUUAUCAUUUAUUACAGACAAUAAGGACUGCUAUAGCCAAUUACUUGAGGAUUUAACUGUGAUCGAUGGUACUCAGCAUGCUUUUUAUGAAACAAACUCCGGUCAAUAUGACAAGCAGAUAAUUGAUAUAGAAAGGCAUAUAUCAUUUAAAAGGAAAGCUUUAGAAACUAUACGUGAAUCAGAAUUGUGCUAUAUCAAUGAUUUUAGAAGAUUCGAAACUUUUGGACUUCAAAUAAAGAAAUGGCUUCAAGAUAAAAGAGAAAAAGAUGCAUUCUCAAAAUUUUUGGUUUCGCCCGCAAACAGUGAUCUCGAUACAUUAAUUUUAACUUUGAAGCAAAUUUCAAGUGUACAUGAAUUAUUUUUAAUAGAUCUGAAAAAAAGGCUUGAAGUGUGGGGGCCAACUCAAAUAAUUUCAGAUCUACUUGAUGCAUUUAAAUCUAAAUUAAGCAUAUACGACCAAUUUAUGGAAAAUCAUCCUAAAUUCGUGAUGCUCCUGGAUGCAUUGUACAAACUACCGGGUUUUAAAAAAUUUAUGUAUGCAACUCUGGGUGACAAUUCGGAUAAGAAGGAGGUGAUGGAUGGCUUACUUCACUAUAUACAUAUACCUCUGCAUCGAUUAAAUGUUUAUAUACGCUCCCUCAAACAUAUUAUACGAUAUAGCGAUCGCUCACAUCCGGACUACUACAGCUUGUUGUCUGUAUCUGGAAACUUUAAAUCUUUAGAAAAGAAGCUGUCUGGAAAAGUCAAUAGAUGUCAAUCACACUUAAUAGCGCUCGAAUCAAUACUGUCUAUUGCGGACUGCCCACUCCUAUUAACCAUGAACCUUCGAUUACUAUUAUUCGCACAGCUCAUUAAAAUAGAUUUAGACGAUCCUUCGGCAACAUCUGACGUACGCAUGUAUUUUCUUUAUAACGAUACUUUGAUUUUUUGCAAAAAGGCGAAAGAAAAAAAAGGAGGCGAAAAAAAAUUGGAAUACAAGGAGACCAUCAAUCUUUCGGCAACAACUGUUCGACUUUUAUCGCCUGAGUACCUUGCUAAAAUGUGCGAAGUCAAGAAACCCAUGUUCCGAAUCGGAAAAAAAACAGCAGAGCCCAUAGCACCAGUUAAUAAUGAAGCAUUUGGAUUUGAAUUGGUUACUACAGAAUUUAAUGUUUCAGGAAUGGCAGUUCCUCAGAUGGAGUACGACGGUAAUGGUCUGUUAAAUGGAAUAACGUCCAAGAGACGACAUGCGAUAAGAACACGGUCUUUAAUUGAACAAAAUAUCUGGGUCGAAGCAAUUUAUAAGGCCAUCCGUGCAGCGAAAUCACCAAUAAGUUAGUCCAUACACUUCAGCAAACGCUUUUUUAUUCUUUUUGUCCAUUUAUGUAGUUUCCUCUUUGGCUAUCUAUUUCCCUUUAUGUUUGUACUACCUUCCGUGUUUUUCACAUUUACAAAAGUCGAUGAUAAUCACAUGUAGCACAACGAAUGCUCAAAAUUGUCUGGAAAUAAAAAGAACAUCCUCAGUUGCAACUGGUUUUUGCACAAGGUCAAUCAAG